AUGGAAGACGAAAAUAUCGAAGAUCUGAUCUCGAUUAAAGGUGAAGAAGAAGAACUGUCCAUUGGAAAACUUGAAGAACAACGUUUAGAAAGUGUUACUGAGAUAAACAGUGACGAUGAUAACAAACGAAUAACAAAAAAUUGGUCAUUGAAACAAUUACAAGUAUCAAAAACGAUUGUCGAUGUCUAUGAUCAUAUGCCCACAAUGAAUAGAGAAUUUAGUGAAGAUUUUGAAGAUAUAAGAGAUGUCGAAACUGCAGUAGACGACGAGGAAGCAGAAUCUAGUGAGGAAAUUGACAGUAAAGAUACGGAACAAGAAUUACAGUCGUUGUAUGGUUUAUUAUCAAGUGCUUUGAAGCAAGUAGAAGAUAUUUAUCAUUCAAAAGCCACAAGGUUAAGUUUAACACAGGAACUAACACUAAUAUUCAUUACAUUUCUUGAUAUACACAAAGAUAUUGCAUAUGAAAUGGCUUCGAUAAUCGUCGAUAGUCGAAGUCAAUUACCGAUAACAAAAGAUAUUCAUUCACAUACAAUAGUAAAACAAAAAUAUCGAAGUAAGAUGCGAAGUGCUGACGAUCUGGAUCAAAAUGAUAAUAAAAGUGCUCUGAUCGAUGAUGAUGACGAAUGGAAAAAUUAUGCGGACAACAAAAUAAGAAUCGGAUUAUUAAAAUUAUUGAAUAGUAUAGUGAAGGGAGAUGCUAACGAUCAACUGAAUGUCAGUGACAAUAGUUCGAAUGAGUUCGGUCAACGACAAAGUAAUACUAUUUGUCCACUACACACUCGCCAUUUCAUGACUCGUGUAACCUCGUAUUUAUCAAAAGCCGAUUGGCGAGCGUUUGACUACUUGAGUAAACAUUUUUUUCAAAGUGGCACAAUUACAACUGUUCAUGCAUUAGAAUUCUCAUCUGCUUUGUUGAACGAUCUCAUCGAAGAAUCCGUGUAUAAUAUUUAUUUUCGUACAAAAUGGUGUCAUAAAUUUGACAAGGAUGUCAUGGAAUCAUAUAUCGAUAAUAGAACAAUAAAAGAUUUUUUAGUAAAAUCUCUCGCUAUUUUAUUAAUUCGUCUAAAUUUGAUUCACUUACCCCUAUUGGAACAUAUUGUCAUGAUUAGAUGUUUAAAACGGUAUUCAUGUACGGAUUUGUAUCAAGGUAUCAUAUCAAAAGAAUUUCAAGCUCCUCCUAUUAGUUGUGAUUCAUGUGUUUGGUAUUCAACCGAUAUCUUGAUAAAAGCCAUAUGUUCAAUGAAAGAUUAUAUUCUGUCAUUUCUUGAAUACGAUUAUCUUUCAUCUUAUGUUCAGUUUGAAUAUUUAUUGACCACUUAUUUUCGUAAAAUUCAAAUAAUUCUCAAUAUAAACGAGUUAGAUCAAUACGAGGAAAAAGAACAAAAAUGUUUAUUGCAUGUGAUUGAUGUCAAACAAGCACCAAAGUUUUUUUCCGAAAAAGCAUUCAAACGAUUUCAGUUGGGUAAAAAUAGUCAAUUACACGAUUUGGAAGAAUUAAAAGAUUUAAUUCUAUUAGAUAUAUCAAAAAAAGUUAUAAAGUCUCGAAUAAAAGUCGAAUCAUCAGCAUCCAUAACACGGACAAAGAUCAAUCGUAACAAAGGAGAAGAAGAACAAAUAUUGUUAAUAAACUCUGUCAUCGAUCAAAUUAUUGAAAAAGAUGAAAAUUUAACUAAUAAUUUGAAAAAGUUAGAACUUCAUCGAACAGCAAAAGAAGAAACAAUUGAUGUAUUGAUCGAUGAUGAAGAUAAAUUAGAAAAAUCUGUAGAUAAACAAUAA